AUGGUAAUUAUGACACGUGAAAUUAUGUGCACUCGAUAUUUGAUUAUUGUGAUAUGGUAUGCAAUUGUUAUAUCAAAUGGUCAAUCGGAAGCUACAUGUAUAAGAAGUAUUGAUGGUGAAAAUAUGAAAUUUGUCUGUUCGAGUUCAAAAAAAGUGGACAAAUUUGAUAUCGAUCAUCUUUCGAACUUCACUUUGGAUCGUAUUAAAAAAUUUCAAGUUAUUGGAACAGGUAUUCGAGGUCCUUUAACAUUUAUUCCAGAUAAUAUUUGUCGUUUAACACAACUUAAAUACUUGGAUUUAUCUAAUAAUCAAAUAUCUAAUGGUGUGUUGAAUUCAUCUUUAUCAUGUUUAUCUCAAUUAGAAACUCUUGAUCUGAGUAAUAAUUUUAUUCGUGAAGUUCCUGUUGAAUUGAUUUCUCAAUUAUCAUUACUUAAAUCAAUUGAUUUAUCGCAAAAUUAUUUAACUACUAUACCUAAUUCUAUGUUUUAUAAUAUUUCAAAUAUUGAAAACUUUGAUGUAUCUUCAAAUAAUUUAACAACAUUUGAAUUGUGGUUAGUCCAAAUAAAAAAAUUAAUUAAUUAUUCUAAUAAUCGAGUAAAUUGUUUCACAAAUAAUUAUAAUGUUGAUUUUUCAAAUUAUCAAUCAAAUAUUACUGAACGAAUUCUUUUAAGAAAUACUCAAACACGGAUUUCUUUUGAUGAUAGUCUUUUUGAAAUUUAUAAUCGCUGUCAAGAAAUUACUUCAACAAAUAAUAGAGUUUUGAUGAAAGCUAUUAAAACAAUACAUGACAAUAAUAAAGGUUUACUUAAUUGGAAUUGUUCAUGUGAACAAUAUUAUUUACAAGAAUAUAUUGUAUCAAUUGAUUCUACUAAUAAUUUUUCCACAUGGGCUUGUGCUCAAGAUCCAAGUACCAAUUAUGGUCAAAGGUGUAAUUACCAAUCAUCAUUUAAUUCUGCAAAUAGCAAUCCACGUUUAUGUAAAAUUAAACCAGAUCCAAGUUCGGAUUUGGAAAGUAUUUCAUUGGAAAUUUAUAACCAAUUAUUGAGGUUUAAUCAAUCCAAUAUAACAACGGUCGAUGAGUUUGCUGCACUAAUCGAUCAAUCUAAUGAUAGAUUAAAUCAAAUCUCUAAUCAACCAGUUACUGAAUCAAUUCAAAAAAAUUUUCAAAAAAUAAUUUCUUAUAUUGAACGUUAUCUUGAAUCAAUCAAUAAAAAAGAAAAUACUAGUAAGAAUUCAGUUGGUAUUUUAAGUCUUUUAAAAACUAAUAAUUCAAUCUAUUCUUAUUCUCAAAUCAAUCAAAACAAUUCACUUUUAUAUUAUUCAACGGAAAUAAAUAAUACAAAUUCAAUAGCAAGUAUUACAAUUGAUCCAAUAUCAAUUGAAAAUUUAUCUAGAACAGAUAUUUAUACAUUUUAUUAUCUUCCAUCAAUAUUUUUUCGUUAUGCACAAAAAGAUCAAAACAUAAUUAUAGCUUCACCUGUUGUUGGCCUACAUAUACCGAAUAACUCUCCACGUUCUAUUAAUAUGUCAUUUAUUGACAAUAAACUUUCAUCUGGAAAAUAUUUCUGUGUAUUUUGGCAAUAUGAUCAAUGGAAUGAUACUGGUUGUUCUUAUUCUUUAGAUUCUAAUUUAAAUCGUCAUUAUUGUUUUUGUAAUCACACCACAUCUUUUGCAUUAAUAUUUAUUCCACAUAAAACUCUGCGUGAUACCCUUAUACCAAGUAUAAUUAUUGCUAUACUGUCAAUAGUAUGUUUUUCUAUAUCAAUAAUUCUUUCAAUACAUCGACAAGCAAAAUCUUUUCAUCAUCUAUCAAUAGCAAAUAUAUUUAGUUUAUCAAAUUCAAUAAUUUUAUUUAUAUUAUUAACUAUUAUUUUAAUUCGUAGUUAUAAAUCAUCAAAUAUAGAAUUAAUAGUUCAAGAUAAAUGUUCACUACAUUCAAGAAAUUUAGCUAUUGCAACGUAUUUUUUUUUCAUAUUAACAUUUGCAAGUAAAACUUUACUUGGUAUUGGAUAUUUUUUAACAAUAAUUUUUCAUUUUAUUUUUAUUGAAUUUACAAUUAUCUCUAAUAAAUGGUUUUAUGCAAGUUUUUUUCUUAUUAUUCUUAUUUCGUUAAUACCAACAAUAAUAAUCAAUAUAGUUAUAAAUCGAUGGACAAAUUUAUUUCUACAAUAUAAAGAUAUAUGUUGGUUUAAUAAAUCAUUUAUAUUUCGAUUUAUUUCAAUACCAAUAAUUAUUUUUCUUGCAUUAAAUGUAUUAAUUAUAAUUGGAAUAACUAUUCGUUUAAUUCAAUUUUUUAUUGGUCGUAAAAUGUCACAAACAAAUCAAAAACGAAUGAUUGUUUCAAUAAUGAUAUGGAUUACAUUAUGUAUAUCAUUAGGUAUUGCUUGGAUAUUUGGACCAUUUUUAGAUUUAAUGAUCAAAGAAAAAACUCAAACAUCAUCAAAAAUUACACAAUGGAUUUUUGGGCUUUUUAAUGGACUUGAAGGUGUAUGGGUAUUAGGUGUUAAUGUAAUUUUUUAUUUAAAUCAAAAAUUGAAUAUGAAAUAUCAUGGGACAGUUUUGAAUAAAGUUAAAAACUAA